UGCCGAAUAACCAUGUUCCAAAUGGCCUUGUCCAUUUAUAUGACGCGUCACCAAUCACAGUGCUCGUCGUGGAUUCCAAUUUUUAAGUAGAUGAUCGUGUAACAUCAUAACAUUUCGUGUAACGUAUAAUUCCUGUCAAAAUGAUCAGCACACUUCUCAAACUUGUUUUAUUUAUUUUAAUUUCACUUAAUGUUGCGGCAGGACGUGCCGGGCAGUAUGUUACAUGUGGAUCUGCAAUUAAGUUGCAAAAUUUGGCUUACAAAAUUCGGUUGCACUCACAUGAUGUAAAAUAUGGGUCUGGAAGUGGUCAGCAGUCAGUCACCGGCACAGAUACCACCGAUGAUGUUAACUCACAUUGGGCAAUACUCGGCCCUCUAAAUAAAACAUGCAAAAGAGGAGAGCCAAUUGAAUGUGGAUCUACUAUUCGGUUUCAUCAUUUAACUACUAGAAAAUUCCUUCACUCUCAUCUAUUUUCAUCACCACUCUCUGGAAGUCAAGAAGUUUCUGCAUUUGGUGAAAAUGGUGUUGGUGAUACGGGUGACUUUUGGAAGGUUGUUUGUGAUGGUGACUUUUGGGAACGUGAUGACAGUGUUGUAUUCAGACAUGUUGACACUAAUGUCUAUUUAGCAUCUUCAGGCCAUGCAUAUGGACGUCCAAUCAAUGGUCAACUAGAAAUUGUUGGUUUAACAAGGCUAGACUCUUCAUGCCAGUGGAAAACUGCUGAAGGAUUGUAUAUUCAUACUAGUAGCUUUAAUCCCAAACAGAAUUCUAAGCCAGAACACAAUGAACUGUAAAUCACUCCAGUUUGAUAUAUAUGAAUAUCUUAAUAAUACAAUUGAAUAAUGGUGAA